CUAAAGAACCAUACAAAGGAUUAGUGCUUGAAUUAUUACAACCAAAAAAAGAACCUAAAUAUAUUAAAGAAGUAAACCAAGAAGUCAAAGAACCAAAAGUUAGAAUACCAAAGGAUUAUUCAGUAAAGAAAUUCUUACUAGAAACCUGGAAAAAACAACUUAGAACAAAUAUAAUCCAAACAGAAAACCUUAUCAAACUACAGAAAUUAGUAAUUGAACUACAAGAACCAAACGAACUCAUUAAAGCAAAAGAAAAACUGUUAGUCAAACUACAAGAAGUAGGACAAGAGGUAACAGAAAUAAUCGAAGAAGAAAAAUUAACCAGAGUAAAUAUAACAGUAGCUCCAAAUACUACUCCAGCACCAACUACAAUAAAAGUAAAAGUAGCAAGAAGAAACAGAUUUAUAAGAACAAUAUCUAAAGAAGAGUUAGCUUGCCUAAUAAUUUAUAUUCACGAACUACAAGAUUACUCAACAUAUAAUCUAGCAGUACAACAAUCAGGAAUUGCUGAAACAAGAAUACAAGAUUAUCUAAGAAACGCCAAGAUAAUAAAACCACAAAUAUAUUAA